UAGCUCCCUGUCUCAGCCUCGCAACGGUGUCUGCAGCGCAAUAGCGACUACCCGACUUUGACCCUAUAUCGAAAAUCUUGCAAUAUAACAUAUCAUCGAAGCCGAUUGCGCGCGUUUCACCAACCACCGCGACCAUGCUCGUGUCCUUGACAGUCGGCAAGGUCGAUGCCGGCGUCACCGUCCUCCUAACCCCGGAUAAGCGACUCAUCGAGUUCCCGUCCAUCCUCCUCCCUCCAGACAUCUCGUCGGGCUCGAUAGUCGACAUCACAGUCGGGCGAAACAAGGCGUCCGAGUCGGCGGCGGAGCGGGCGUUCCGCGCGCUACAGGACCAGAUCUUCGCAGCCUUUGGCUCAGCCGAGCCGUCCACGCCGGUGCUGCGGUGCCGCAACGCGACGCAGACCAGCGUGGUGCUGGAGUGGGACCCGGUGCAGCUGGCAACAGCAGACCUGAUCUCGCUGGCGCUGUUCCGCAACGGGCAAAAGGCCGGCAACAUCCCGCGGCCGCUGGCGAUGCACAGCACCAAGAUCAGCGGCCUCGCCGUCGACACCGAGUACUCGUUCCACCUGGUGCUGCGCACGACGGCAGGGACCCUGGCCAGCGACCGCGUCACCGUUCGCACCCACAAGAUGACGGACCUCAGCGGCGUCACCAUCACGACGGGGAUCCUGCCGCCGGCCGUGCGCGAGGGGCUCGCGCGCGCCGUCGCCCGCAUCGGCGCCAAGCUCGUCGACGGCGUCCGCAUCGACACCACGCACUUCGUCACCACCGAGGGCCGCGGCGUCCAGUGGGAGAAGGCCGUCGAGAUGAACAUACCCGUCGUCCGCCCCGAGUGGGUCGACGCCUGCGAGUCCAACGGCCGCAUCCUCGGCGUCACCAGGUUCUACCUCGACGCUCUCCGCCCCGGGCCCGGGGAGGAUGGCGCGCUUCCGGUGCAGCCCGCCGCCCAGCAGAAGGAGCUGCCCGAGACGCCGGCUGUGCAGAAUGGGGAUAGCCACGGUGGGGAGGCCGCCACCGGUGCGGCAACCCAGAGGAAGGAAGAGGGUGGUGACGACAACGAGUCGGAUACAAGCGAGGAUGAGCAGGAGGACAAGGUCAGGUCUGGCGGCCAGGACGAGCAGAAGGUCAGGGCAGAGGAGAGGGAUCAGCAGAAGAUGGCACUACGACCGGGGCAGUCGUCUCCUCAGCAAGCAACGGUCGAGGAUGAUGAUGAUGAUGACGACGAAGAUGAUGAUGAAGAUGCCUCGCAGGAGAAGGGGGGCAAAUCGCCUGGUGACGGAUCCUCUUUCCAAGAUGUGAAGCUUUAGAUGCCCCCCCCCCCGUUUGCCAUGGAACUCGUUCGGAGUUGGGAGGGUUAGACGGGAAUUUCUACGUCCCCUUGUACCAUUAUCCAUUCCAAUGCUUUUAUCACUGCGAGGCCAUUUUUAGCGGGAUAGAUGGUCAUCGGGGUUGCUUCGAAAUAGGUACAUGCUAAUGGAUUACGGACGUCGACUUCAUACUCCCUACGCGUUUACUGCCAUCCCGAUCUUGGCCCUUUGUUGCUAUAUUUGCCCCCAUUGCAGCAGAGGAUACUAUCGCAAGGAGCUCAUCUUGAAUGCCUU